AUGUCUAGCAAAUAUGACGAUUUACUUACAAUAAUAGCUAAUUUGGAAAAAGAAAGAAAAGAGGACAAACGGCGCAUGGCUUUAAAGGAGGAUAGAUUGGAAACUAUGGAGCGUAAAAUGCGUGCAUCGGGGAUUGAAGUACGAAAUAUUUCUAAAUCAACGGGUGAAACAAAAGAUUUUUUGUUUAACAUUAUUAAAAAGACCGGAAAGGCCGUUAAUAUUAGUAUAGAAGACUCCGAAUUGAAAGAUAUAUAUAGAUUGAACUCCAAGGACAGUUCUGGUCCGAUUAUAGUGGAACUAAACUCCGUUAUCAGCAAGGAAAAAAUACUUAGAGCUGUAAAAAGUUUUAAUAAAAACAAACCAAGAGACGAGAAAUUAAAUACUUCUCACCUACAACUGCAACAACCAAAGAAACCAGUGUUUAUAUCAGAAACUUUAACUCAAAAGACUCAAAAAUUAUUUCAACUCGCAAGAGCAUUCAAAAAGGCACACAGUUUUAUGUACUGCUGGACUCUAAACGGAACUGUUUACCUACGCAAAGAUGAAAAAUCCAGCCAGAUACGAAUUAACAGUGAAGCCGAUCUCGAAAAUUUAAGGAAGACUCAAUGA